GUUCCAAUGACCAAUAGUUGUCCUGCCGUCGUAUUGUCGUAAUCAUUGAGUCUGUCUGUGUAGUUCUUGGCAAGACGUUUCUUAAUGUUCAUAUUUAUAUUCCUCUAUUCUGGGAAAUGUAAUAAAUCAUAAAUGACUCGAUUGAUAAUGGUCACUAAAUAGUAAAUAGUCAAUACAGUGACAGUCUACUGGUAGUGCUUGUGCGUUCAGCCAGUCGCUAGUUGAUACCUCGCGAGUGAUCGGAUAUUUUUACUUCAGUUAAAAACAAAUGUUUCUGUUUUUGUUUUAACUUAGUGUAUUUCAACUCUUUCAUUGAUUUCAACUGUCGUAGUGUUUAAAUAUCUUAAAUGGUYGACUUACAACGCAAUUCACUGACUUCUGGCAACACGUUUUGAUUUGAUUUUUUCUCAACGGCUCGCAGUUAGUUACUUAUCUCCAAAUUGGCUAUUUAGUGUUAAUUUGGUGUGAACAAACAUUAUUGACGCUAUUUUGAAGAUUUUAUAGGUUCAAAACACACGAAAAUACAAUAAAUAUCUAUUAUUUAUUUAUUUUACUUACUAUUCAGAUUAUAUUGGUGGAAUAUCAACUAAWUAUAUUAUGAAUUGAUGUUUAUGAUUCAAAAUGUCAAUAAUCAUAAAAUCUGAACCUAUUAGUGGAGUAGUAGAGUUGUCAUCAGAUGAUGAAGAAACUGUAUCAACACUAGCAACCAUUGAAAUUGAAAUUCCUAAUACCAGACCUACUGGACGCCCUUCAACACCAGAUACACAAUGUUCCAUUUGUCUCGAUGAUUUAACGAAUAAAUGUCAUUCAGAUACAUGUUGGCAUUUAUUCUGUUUCGAGUGUUUAUUACGAUGGUCAAAUUCUGAAGCAACUUGUCCUUUAUGUAAGAAAGGUUUCAAAUCUAUCCAUCAUUCAUUUAAAGAAAGUAAUGUCCAUGAAACAUAUGAUGUUCCUUCAAUGGGCAGAUUACCAUCACCAAGAAUAUACAUAAGACCAUUUAGUGAAAUGUCAGAUGAUAUAGAUAGAAACGAGAGAAUGAGAAGUAUUCUUCAGACUACAUAUGAUGGUAAUGGAUUGGACUUGAACCACAAUAACUCGAUUCCAUUCAUGGAAGAGUUAUCUGGGAACUACCCACGUCCUAAUUUACAAAGGCCUCUCAUUGGUCAAGGAACAAGAAUACGAGUGUAUGUCAACUGUAUGUGGUCUGAACCAUUGCCUGAUACAACUGGCCGUUUUAGGGAUUGUACCUCAGCUUUCUAUCGAGAUAAUCCAGCACAAACAUAUAGACUACAUGGAUUCAUUCUUAGAGAUGUGGUUGCAGUAAGGGAAACACUAAGAUUAGACAGCCAGUUAGACAUGCCAGUUCCAGUUAAUAUUGAUGUUGCUGUGACAAAUUUAAUAAUGCGAUCACUUGUAAUGUAUGAUAUUAGACAUUUACAUUUGGUCGGAAUCUUAAGCCCUUUUCUAGGUGGCCGUUCUGCACAUUUUUGCCAUGAACUAUAUAAUUUUGCUAACAGUCCAUAUGACAUAAAUGGCUAUGAUCGCAAUGUUCAAUAUACUCAUCAACCAUAUGAUCCUAUUCGGGCAAAUUUGGAACCAUUUCAACCAAUCCAUGUUGUUGGUGAAACUAUUGUAUUAGAUUCAGAUAAUGAAGAUGUUAUAAGGCCGCGUAUAAUGGACGUUAUUGAACUUAUUUCUAGUGGUGAUGACUCCGAUGUUGAAUUUCUAAGUCAUACCUUCCAUCCUAUAAAUCCACUUGAUUCUGCCUCUAUUGACGAACCAUCUACAUCUACUGGAAUUCGMGAUUCAUUAGAUCGACCAAACAAUAGAUAUAAUUUAAGGAGACGAAGAAUAUUCUCACCAACUAUAAAUGAUUCUUCUAAUUUUCAAUCUUUCUAUGAUGGUUUACCUCGAAUGUCAUGUCCAUCUCAAACAAGAGGAGGAAGGCCCAUUUUAGAUUCUUCAUCAGAUGAUGAUGAAGUAUUAACUGCUACUCGAGAUUCUCGAGCUGCUCAUUUAAAAUCUAGAAAUGUUAAUGACAAAAGGAAAAAAAAGACAAAGAAAAAUAAAAAGAGAAAGAGAAAAAUAAACACUAAUGAUUCGCGGUCUGAAUCCCGCAGUACCAACAGAACUCGUUCAUAUUCAGGAUCAUCUUCAUCUUCAGGAGAAUUGGAUGUCACGCCAUUUAAUAGUUUUAUUCUACCUAUAUAAUUCUAUUUACUAAUAUUAAUUUUUCAAGAAGAAAAAUAUUUUAUUUGUCUGACUCAGGACCUAAUAAAAGAUCAACACAAUGCCUGAAGUUUUUUUUAUUGUUAUCACUUCUCCUAAAAAUCAGUAACUCAUUUAAUUCUGUUUUAGUUUUAUUAAAAAAAAUUGUCAUACUWAAGAUUUAUGAGCAAAAAGUGAUAAAAUUAAUUGUUGUUUAAAUAUUAAAAUAACUUAACUUAAAUGUAUGUUAAUUUAU